GGCCCUCUGUUCUCGCUAUUGAUUUCUACCCGGCGGUUUCCGGUUGCUGCACAAAUGCGGAAGUAGUUGUUUUCUAGAAGGGGAAAAGUACCGGUUCCCCGGAUAUGGCCCCGUUCCUUGUGCUUUUCCUUGCCGGGGUGGUGGCCGCUUCCCGUGGGGACCGGGAGCCGGUGUAUCGGGACUGUGUGACCCUCUGCGAGCGGAACAACUGCACCGGGUCCCGGCUCACGGACUUCCGGGCCGAGCAGCCCCUCUACAUGCGCGUCACUGGCUGGACUUGCCUGGAUGACUGUCGGUAUCAGUGUAUGUGGUACACGGUCUCCCUGUAUCUCAAGGAAGGACAUGAAGUCCCUCAGUUCCACGGCAAGUGGCCGUUUUCCCGGUUCCUGUUCUUCCAAGAGCCAGCUUCUGCCUUGGCAUCCUUCCUUAAUGGUGUGGCUAGCCUCCUGAUGCUGCUUCGCUACCGUUCCUCGGUCCCUUCCUCCUGCCAAAUGUACCGCACUUGCCUGGCCUUCUCCAUGAAAAUGGACUAUUUCUGUGCCUCUUCGGUUAUCCUGCACUCUAUCUACCUGUGCUGCAUGAGGACUUUUGGGCUGCAGUAUCCUUCCAUUGCAAAUGGCUUUGGUGCUUUCCUGGUGCUCCUGUUUGCCUGCCAUGUUUCCUACCUGACUCUUGGCCGCUUUGACUACAGCUACAACAUGGCAGCCAAUACCGGCUUUGGGGUUUUGAACCUGAUGUGGUGGCUAGCAUGGUGUUUUCGGAGGCGCUUUCACCAGCCCUAUCUGUGGAAGUGCGUAUUGGUAGUCAUCUCGCUGCAGAGUUUGGCUCUUCUAGAACUGCUGGAUUUCCCCCCGGUCAUGUGGAUACUGGAUGCCCAUGCUCUUUGGCACUUCAGCACCGUUCCCCUGCACUUUCUCUUCUACAGUUUUUUGAAAGAUGACAGCUUGUACCUAUUAAAGAUUAACCACGAUGACAUCCCUAAACUAGACUAAAGGGAAGAUGAAGGGACUGCUGGAAAUCCAUCUAUACCGGUGCCGUUGUGUAGCAGGAGUGGCAGACUCAUCAAGGGCCCCCGACAAAUCUUACUAAGGACAUUGGGGGUCAGAAAAGUGCCUUAUACCUCAUCAUUGAUUGUACCCAGGUGAAGACCAGGGAACCCGGACUCCACACACAUCCCAAAUACAAUAAUUCCUGGACUUAUAAGUGGACUUUCUGCACAUUUCCUAAUAAUCAGCAUUGCAGUUACAGGCUACAUUGCCAAUUUUAGUCCUACCUUAUCCACAACUGAUACAAGGUGGCCUUUCCCUGCUAAGAGAGGCUUCCAGUGGCCUCAGUAGAGGCUGUCGGUGUCUAGCCAGUCAUGGCCGUACAACUGAAAUUGCUGCAGUAGGUUUGAGAAGUUAAGCAGCAAUUUUUUAGGUGUAGGACAACACUAUAUUUUGCCAUAUCACCAUCAUGAAACACAAUCUGGGUGCUGCUAUCUUUCCAGGGGUGUGUAUAUAUGUGUACAGGUAUAGGAUCUGUUAUCCGGAAAAACCCAGUCCUCUCCCAUAGAAUCCAUUAUAAUUAAA